AUGAAGAGUAAAGAUGAGUUCCGUUAUCCAUAUCAUUGUGAAUGUUAUCUAGACAAGCCGCACGUGACCGACGAGGUGCCCCGCGUGCUGCCGCCGGGCGAUGCCGCGCCCAAGACGCCCACGCAGGACCACAAGGCGAAGGCGAGCGCCGCGACGCGCGCGGCGCCGCCCGCGGCCUCGCCGGCCCUCCUGGCCGCCGCCGUCGCCGUUGCCGUCGCCGCCGCCAACGCGGUGGCGGCUGCGCGGCCCGGCUUCCCCAGCGGCUAA